AUGUCUAAAAAACGUGGACUGAGUGCGGAUGAGAAGAAGACGAGGAUGUUAGAGAUAUUCCAUAAUAGCAAGGACUUUUUUCAACUUAAGGAGUUAGAGAAGAUAGCACCAAAGGAGAAAGGUAUAACAAUGCAAUCUGUCAAAGAAGUUGUCCAAAGCUUAGUAGAUGAUCAUCUAGUAGACUCAGAGAAAAUAGGGACUUCCAUCUACUUUUGGUCUUUUCCCAGUAAAGCAAAAACUGCAAAAAAGAGGAAACUGAAUGAUUUGAAACAUGAGUUAGGCGAGUGUGCUAAGAAAUUGAAAAAGACAGAAGAUAACAUAGUUGUUGAAUUGGAAGACCGAGAACCGACUGAAGAGCGUUCCCUUCUCAUAAAAACUGUAGAGGAAUUGAAAAAAAAAGAAGAGGCUCUCAAGAAGGAAAUGCAAAAAUACAGAGACUCUGAUCCUGAGUACAUAAAUCAGCUGAAAACUGAGAUGAUUGAUCUGAAAGCGGCCAUUGAUCGUUGGACAGAAAAUAUUUAUAUUCUAAAAUCCUACAUCAAAAACACAUUCCAAAUGGAGAAUGAUGUAAUUGAGCAAAGUUUUAAUAUACCCCAAGACUUGGACUAUUAUGAAUGA